AUGGCCCCCGCCGUUGCCUUUUCGCCCAUGCCUGUUCCCUCUUCCCCCUUCCUGCGCACCGUGCCACCCCCGACCCGCUUGCGAAUCCCCCCGGUCAUCCGACGCGCGCGCCGCACCAGCAUGGUGCUUGCAGCUCCCAAGCCGAUCACUUCGGUCGCCCCCGCCUCCUCCAAGCAAGCCAGCCCCGUGCGCCGCCCGUUCAACGACGGCCGCUCGGACCUCUCCGACGGUGGCCUCCUGGCCUACUUGAAAGAGAUCGGCUCAGUCGACCUGCUGGAGGGCCAUGAAGUUGUCGAGUGCGCACGCCACGUUCGCCUUCUCCUCCACUGGGAAGGAAUCAAGCGCGAGCUCGACGCAGCUCCCGUUCCGAAGGAGGGCGGAGAGGCUGAGCCGUGCGACGUCCCUAUCUCCGCCAGGUAUUCGAGGGCCACUAAGGAUCGCGACUCUCCCGCAGUCAGGAGCGCAAGCUUGCAGGAAUGGGCUGCCGCGUGUGAUCAGGAUCCGCACCAGUUUGAGGCCGAUUUGAAUCGGGCCAGGAUGUAUAAGGAUAGGCUUGUGCGCGCGAACCUACGCUUGGUCGUUAGCAUUGCGAAGAAGUAUUCGAAUAAUGGCAUCAGCUUGGCAGACUUGAUUCAGGAGGGAAGCUUGGGCUUGAUUCGGGGCGCGGAGAAGUUUGAUCAUACCAAGGGCUUUCGCUUUGCUACGUACGCGUCGUGGUGGAUUCGACAGGCGAUUCAGAGAGCCAUCUCUGAUUCAUCGCGCGUCAUUAGGUUGCCGACGCAUGUCAAUGACAUUGCGAAGAAGGCAAAGCGAAUUCGACGUGAUUUUGAAAGGGAAAAUAACCGGCCACUUACGAAUAGCGAGCUGGCACGCAUGCUUGAGAUUAAGGAGGAAAGAUUGAGCUUUAUUUUGAACAAGACGUUGGAGACGGAUACGGUGUCCCUGGAUGUGCCGCUGUUUGGGAAUAAUUUUGAUCAUGGCAAGUCGGUGUCACUGGGAGAUAUGAUUGAGAACCCUACCGCGUCUCCGGAGGAAGCAGUGUCGGCCGGAUUGCUCCGGGACGACAUUGAAAACGUUUUGCUCAUGCUCACACCGAAAGAGCGUGAAGUUUUGCGCAUGCGUUACGGCUUUGAUGACGGCAAGAGCAAGAAUUUUGAAGAGAUUGGUGCUAUCUACUGCGUCCCACCAAAUAGAAUACGCCAGAUCGAGGCCCGCGCCAUUCGAAAGUUGAGACACCCCAACUUUCAUCGCUGUCUCAUCGACUGGAGACUAGAAUAAGCAAUGGUCUUAAUCUACCGACACGUUCGCGUGUCCAAUAGUUUGUUUUGCAGCCCGUGUCAUAGAAGUAGGAUUAGAUGUUUAUACCGCCACGUUCCAACUUUUUUUUUUCUAUUGGUUACAAUUCUGCAAAAGUGAACUGGGUCACAUUGCAUGCAAAUCACACCCUGGCAUUGCCGUACCGAGA